CCCUCCCUCCGCCCUGCAGCCGGCGGCGGUUGUUGUUCAGCGGCGGCAGCCGCUGCUUGGGUUGUAACCUCCGGCCGCCCGCUCGCUAGUCGGUCCGCGUGCGUGGCUAUGGAGCUGGAAGUGCCGGACGAGACGGAGAGCGCCGAGGAGGGGACCGUGACCUCGGAGGUGACCUGGACUGCGGAGAGCAGCGCGGCGUCAGGUUUGACCCAGAAAAAGAUGGCCCUGACUGAGGCCCCGAUGAUGACCGGACAGCUGGGCCCUGGUCACGGGAGGAAGCUGGGCCAUCGGGGUGUGGACGCAUCUGGUGAAACCACUUACAAAAAGACCACGUCUUCCACCCUGAAGGGGGCCAUCCAGCUGGGCAUUGGCUACACUGUGGGCAACCUGAGCUCCAAGCCAGAGCGCGACGUGCUCAUGCAGGACUUCUACGUCGUGGAGAGCAUCUUCUUCCCCAGCGAAGGCAGCAACCUCACUCCCGCCCACCACUUCCAGGACUUCAGGUUCAAAACUUAUGCACCUGUCGCCUUCCGCUACUUCCGGGAACUCUUUGGGAUCCGGCCAGAUGAUUACUUGUACUCGCUGUGCAACGAGCCACUGAUCGAGCUCUCCAACCCCGGCGCCAGCGGCUCCCUCUUCUACGUCACCAGCGAUGAUGAGUUCAUCAUCAAGACCGUGAUGCACAAGGAGGCAGAGUUCCUGCAGAAGCUGCUGCCCGGCUACUACAUGAACCUCAACCAGAACCCGCGGACGCUGCUGCCCAAGUUCUACGGGCUGUACUGCGUGCAGUCGGGAGGCAAGAACAUCCGUGUGGUGGUCAUGAACAACAUCCUGCCACGCAUGGUCAAGAUGCACCUCAAGUUCGACCUCAAGGGCUCCACAUACAAGCGGCGGGCUAGCAAGAAAGAACGGGAAAAGAGCAGCCCCACCUACAAGGACUUGGACUUCAUCCAGGACAUGCCGGAGGGGCUCCUGCUCGACGCCGACACCUUCUCUGCGCUCGUCAAGACGCUGCAGCGGGACUGUCUGGUGCUAGAGAGCUUCAAGAUCAUGGACUACAGCCUGCUCCUGGGCGUGCAUAACAUCGACCAGCAGGAGCGGGAGCGGCAGGCCGAGGGUGCCCAGAGCACGGCGGACGAGAAGCGGCCGCUGGGCCAGAAGGCGCUUUACUCCACAGCCAUGGAAUCCAUCCAGGGCGGCGCCGCGUGUGGGGAGGCCAUUGAGACAGAUGACACAAUGGGUGGGAUCCCAGCUGUGAAUGGCCGAGGGGAGCGUCUGCUUCUGCACAUCGGGAUCAUCGACAUCCUGCAGUCCUACAGGUUCAUUAAGAAGCUGGAACAUACCUGGAAGGCUCUUGUCCAUGAUGGGGACACCGUCUCUGUCCACCGGCCGAGCUUCUAUGCCGAGCGUUUCUUCAAGUUCAUGAGCAACACGGUUUUUCGGAAGAACUCCUCCCUGAAGUCGUCGCCAUCCAAGAAGGGCCGUGGCGCCCUGUUGGCAGUCAAGCCCCUCGGUCCCACAGCUGCCUUCUCAGCCAGCCAAAUCCCCAGUGAGCGGGAGGACGCACAGUAUGACCUGCGGGGGGCCCGCAGCUACCCCACGCUAGAGGACGAAGGCUCCCAUUGCCUCCUCCCUGCAGGUCGGCCCGACCUCCUGCCCUGCACCCCACCUUCUUUUGAAGAGGCCACCACUGCAUCUAUCGCCACGACCCUGUCUUCCACGUCCCUCUCCAUCCCAGAGCGGUCCCCCUCGGAGACCUCAGAGCAGCCAAGGUACAGGCGGCGCACGCAGUCCUCGGGACAGGAUGGCCGGCCCCAGGAGGAGGCGCGCGUGGAGGAGGACCUGCAGCAGAUCACGGUGCAGGUGGAGCCCACAUGCAGUGUGGAAAUAGUAGUCCCCAAGGAGGAGGAAGAGGGGGCGGAAGCUUCCCCAGCCUGUUCCUCUGCUGCAGUUGUCGAAGUAGAAACUGCCAGCCAGGCCUCAGAGCCUGCCAGCCAGGCCUCGGACGAGGAGGACGCACCCGCUGCUGACAUCUACUUUUUCGCGGACGGGAGGUACUGGACUUACUCUCCCCGGCAUCACCGACUGCAGGCCAUGACGCUGAGCUCCUCGGGGACUCCCACCGAUGAGAGGAGCUGGGUGUACUCCCCACUCCACUAUAGCGCACAGGCCCACUCAGCCUCCGACGGCGAGAGCGACACAUAAUUUCUGUGCAGUCACCAGCCCACAGGAACGGAGCACGCGCUCCUGGCCCAGCCUGGCCCAGAGCACGGGGGGCGCCACCCGGCUGCCACUGGAUGUCGCUCGCCCACGUCCUCCCCUUGGCGAUGGUCACUGACGCUCCGGGCUGCAGCGCGAUCGCCCCCGGCUCCGGCACCCCCCUGCGCCUGUGAUACUGUGAACCUCCCUGAGUCUCCAAACACGUAUUUAUUUUGGGUCCUUACUCUUUGCACACAGACGGCAGCACAUGAGUGCUUUUUUGGAACAAGGAAAAAAAAAGGACACAGUGGAAAAAGAAGCAGCUCCAUUCUAAGCACUUUUUAGUUCUUUGCUACACUUGCAUGUGUCUCACUGAGGGAAAAAGACCCACCUGCUGCAACCCCUCUCUGACUGUCCGCAGGUGCUUCCCUGCUCCACCUUUGCCUCGAGUGGGGCACCUAGGAGGGCAGAGCCACCAGACCUGCCCUGGUCCCCAGGGCACCUCUGGAGGCCACCCACUCAGCAGCUGCUCUUGGCUCAGGUCUGUGAGCUGGACACCUGUCCUCGGGGGAGGCCAACCGGUGGUCCUGGGGUGGCGCGACACCCUGCUGACCCCUUGGUCUCUCAGCAUCUGUUUCCCACCACGCCCUCCUUCCAGGCGACGGGGGCAGAAGUAGCCAGGCAGUGACUAGAAUGCAGACACGUGACUGCCCCUCAUGGUGGAGCUCAGGGCUGUGGGCGUCUUAUCCACACGGACUGCUCAGCGUCUGGAAGAUAGGGCCCAGGUGAUGGAGACGGCCUUUCAAAGCAGGCUUUCCAGAACAUCCGACUCUGAGAGGAGACGCCGGCCCUCAGCCACAGGACUCCCGGAGAGCUCGUGUCCCAGAGCAGGGCCCUCCCGCAGGUAGGGACAGGGCCCAGGGGGCCAGACUGUCCCGUAAGAGUUCCCCCUGACUGGGUGGGAAGCCUCUCUCAUUUUUAAAUGAUGAUGUCUGCACUGACUAAAGGAUGGGGAAGACAUUCUUCAUGAAAAACAAGACUUUUUUUGGUCAUCUUCAGCAGAGGCAGCCAUUCCUGGGCUCAGAGCUCCAGUGAGUGGCCGCAGGGUCAUCCUGCUGUGUCUGGAGGGGGCCGCCGGAACCAACGGCUUGGCAGGAUUUCUCCCUCCCCCACCUAGACACACUCCCACUGCCUGAGGUGAGCAGUGAUGGCUGUCCCCUCUGCACUCUGCAGACCCACACCACCUCGGUCCCACGUGGGAGGAGCUAGGGACAGGCUGGGAGCGAAGCCAGACCUUUUGGAAGAGUUUCUCCCCAGCCCCUGCCUCCCUGGUGGAGCCCGAGACAGCCAGACACCCACGGAUCCAGGAAUCUGACUUUCUCAGUCCCUGAAGCCACCUGAGCUGCUGCUCCUCCUCCUGCCACGCAGGCCCCUUGUCUCACCACGGACAGCCUACUGGGCGGAACCUGCUAGUCUGGCUCUUCUCCGGAGGGUGAGGCUGCACCCCAAGGGCUCUCCUCUCACUGUCAGCAUGGGAACAGCACCCCAGCUCUGAGCAUGGCCUUGGGGGACACUCUAUGCAGCCUGGGGAAAGGCACCCCCAGAGGACCUGUCAGGAUGAGCUUGUGGGUGGCCCAAAUAAGCAAAAAGAGCAUCUUCUCUCUGCUGCCCAAAGAGUGUUUGUCCAGGCCCUGGGGAGCAUCCUCACCUGGGCCUCAGACUGGUGCCUGUCUGCAGGCGCCAUGGCCACAUGCCACGAGUCACCAGUCUGUCCCUGACCAGUCCCACCAAGAGGGAAGGCAGGCAGAGCUCAAAAGGCACACAUCAGACCUGGAAGAUUACCAGGGACUGCUGUGUCACCCAAACACCAAUGUGAGAGUCCUCACCCAGGCCCCCAGAGACCGGGACCAGAGAUGUUCUGAGCCCUGGUGGGGAUGACCAGUGCAGCAGCCCAGUUCUGGAGCAGUGGGCUCUGCAUCCAGGGCAUCCUUGGCCAGGGUAUCUGGAGCUAUAGGAGCGAGGAGGGGAGCUGCCUGCGUGGCCCCAUCAGGUCCCUAGUCCCUGCUGGGUCCCUUGAGCUUUCCUGAAUGAAUCACAGGACAAAUGUGCUGGUCAAAUGCUGACUCAAUAGGAGUAAUUCGAAAACCUUCUGGAUAUAACAUUUCUGUUUUUGUUUUAAGUCAGGAGACCCUUUGGAGACGCAUUUUGUGUUGUACUAUUUGUCCCAGGACUGGGCAGGGGAGCAGGAAGGCAAGACCUUAUUUAUAACUGUGUACUGAACCCAUGGCCUUCCUCACACCCCUGACCAGGAAGGCCCUGGACUCACCCAGCUGUCACCCUGCCCCACCCCCCACGAGGUCCUCCAGAUGGAAAUCUGUAAAUUGCCCCGUUUCCCUCAUGGCUCAUUUCUGAUGGCCGCUGUCUGGUCGCUGUCGCUGAGAAUGUGAGCAGCGUCUGAUUCGCUGUACUGUAAAAACAAAAGGCAUAUCCCGAGGCUGACAAGGGGGAGCCUUCUGUGAGUCCCCUGCCAGCCUUCUCUCAACCCCUUUGCCUCCACCACCUGGCUCAGUGCAAUACUCCCAUCCCUGAUGGGGUCUCUUGCCAUGGUACUGUCGCCGCAGCCCCUCGGUCCCUAGCCCAACCUUGUUUUUAUGGCUGAACUGAUUUCAAAACACAGUGUAACUGCAAACCUUGUGUGUCUUAACUGUCACCGGGGCUUCUGCGUGCUCAGCCCCCGGUCUGGUAUGUGACAAUCCGGAGUGCAGCCUCCUGUGGGCGCCUCUGUAACCCUGCAGCCACUGCUGGCCCCGAUGACACUCGUAUGCAGCCCCGGGCCCCGUCCCCGCCUCCCCUUCCUCUUUUUAUGUUGAAAGGUCUCUCUAAUAAAUUGGGUAAUAAGCAUCCGCCA